CUCUCGUUGGGAACUGACUAGAGGAACGGAAAAUGGCGGAUCUCGAAGACGUUACCCUGGACGGGAGACCGCUCCAGUCCCUUCGAGUUGCGGACUUAAAAGCUGCCCUAGAAGAAAGAGGGCUUUCAAAAAGCGGGCAGAAGAAUGCGCUCGUUAAAAGACUUAAGGGGGCUCUCAUGCUGGAGAAUCUGCAGAGGACCUCCACUGCUCAUAUUGGGCUGCAGCCAAACUCACAGAUUGGUGAGGAAAUGAGCCAGAACAGCUUCAUCAAGCAGUACCUGGCUAAACAACAGGAGCUCCUGAGGCAGCGUCUUGAGAGAGAGGCUCGUGAAGCGUAUGAAACGAAUGACCAAGAGGACCACACAGAAGUAAACAACAGUACAAUGUGUCCCCCUCAAGCCCAGGAUGUCACGCCAACAAUGGCCGAGCAGCACAAGCCCCCUGGCCCCUCUGGUGGGGAGGGGUUGUUUGGUGCAGCAAAUGAGGGAGAAGUCAACAGGAACCAGGAUGCUGACAUGUCUGGUCCUCCUGCUUCCGGUUCUGUGGCAAUGCGUGUUCCUGGUGGUGAGCCACGGACAGAGAGGGGAACUUCAUCCAAUGAAGUCGCUGCUGACAGCGAAGAUGAGGACAGCGAGGAUGGAGAUGAGGAUGGUGACGAUGAGGACUGGGACAGUGGUGCUCGGAGGAGAAACGUGAGAGAGGCAGCCAGAGUGCCGACGAGCAGAGAGAGGUCUGGAGCUUCCUGUCAGCCACCACAGCAACACAUGCCUUCCCUUAUGUCCCCUCAACUCCGCCAGCCAACACCUCCUCCCUCCCCACCUCCAGAGUUAUCAUUUCCCUUACCUGACACCCCAAAGCAGAGCCCCCCAAGUCCAGAUGCAGCCCAAGCUCAACGUUCACCAAGUUCCUCCAGCUCUGGUUCCUCGAGCAGCGGCAGCCGCAGCAGCAGCCCAGAACCACAGAGGAGUGGACAUGCCGAGCGCAAGCCCGGCCCGCUGACCCUUCUGGCCAGAAAGAUGGCAUCAGAAGGGGCUUUUUCAGGAGCAGGUUGGCAUGGCGGUGUUGGGGGAGGCGAUAGGCAGGACAGUAGUUCACCCUUGGCCACAUCAUUUCCUGGAAGAGGGCCUCCAGAGGCUCUGGUAUCAGCCAUCACUCACACAGCUAACACUGCAGGCCAUGUGCCACCAUUUCCCAUGAUUCCAGGCGCCAACCAGGGUGUCUUAGGAGCACAUCCGGCCCACAUUCAAGUACCUGUGAGUGUACUAAAAGCCACUGCAACGGAAGAGAGGGAUAGAGAGAGGGACUCUGAGAUAGAAAGAGAAAAGGCCCUUGAGCUGGAGAGGCAGAGAAAACUUGAGCAGGAACGAGCAAUGGAGGAAGAGUGCCAAAGAGCUCUUGCAAAGGAGAGAGAGGAAAGAGAGAGAGCUUUGGAAAAAGAGAGAAUAGAACGACAGCAAGCCUUGGAAAGAGAAGAACGGGAAAGGGCUUUGCAGCGGGAGAGGGAGCUCGCUCAAGAGCGAGAGAGACAGGAAAGGGAACUAGCUUUGGCUAAAGAGAGGGAGGAGCGAGAGCAAGCCCUGGCACGAGAGCGAGCCCUGGAGCUUGAGAGGCAGAAGGAGCUCGAAAGGCAGAGGGCCCUGGAGCUGGAGAGACAGAGAGAGCUUGAAAGGCAGAGGGUCCUGGAACAAGAGCGUUUGCAGAGAGAAAAAGAGGAGCGGGAGAGAGCAAUGGAGCUAGAAAGGGCCAGGGCUUUGGAGCAGGAAAGGAAGGAGAGAGAACGGGCUCUUGAGCAAGAGAGGUUAGAGAAGGAAAAAGCUCUGGAGGCUGAGAGGAAGGAGAAGGAGAGAAUUGAGAGGGAAAAGGCUUUGGAGCAGCAAAGGGUUGAAAGGGAAAGGUUAGAGAGGGAGAAAGCUUUAGAGCAAGAAAGACUAGAGAGAGAGAAGGCCUUGGAGCAAGAACGACUAGAAAGGGAGAGAGCCCUAGAGCGAGAGAGGAUUGAGAAAGAAAAAGCUUUAGAGUUAGAAAGGAUCGAGAGGGAGAGAGCCUUUGAACGAGAGAGAGUAGAAAGAGAAAAAGCUCUGGAGCAAGAAAGGUUGGAGAGGGAGAGAGCGCUAGAACAACAGAGGUUAGAGCUUGAGAGGAAGGAGAAAGAGAGACUUGAAAGAGAGAAAGCAAUGGAGCAAGAGAGGAUAGAGAGGGAAAAAACCUUUGAGCAAGAGAGGCUGGCAGCUCUGGAAAAGGAAAGGCUGGAGAGAGAGGCAGCUCUGGAAAAGGAGAGGAUGGAGAGAGAGGCAGCUCUGGAAAAGGAGAGGAUGGAGAAGGAAGCAGCUCUGGAAAAGGAGAGGAUGGACAAGGAAGCAGCUCUGGAAAAGGAGAGGAUGGAGAGGCAGGCAGCUUUAGAAAAGGAGAGGAUGGAGAGGGAACGAGCUGAGAAGGAAAGGAAAGAGAAGCUGGAGAGGGAAAAAGCCUUAGAACAGGAGAAACUUGAAAGGGAGAGGGCGUUGGAGAAGGAAAGGAAGGAGCAAGAGAAGGAGAGAUCCCUCGAAUGUGAAAGGUUAGAGAAGGAGAAAGCCAUUCAGAAAGAAAAGGAGGAGCAGGAGAGGGCUCUGGAGCAGGAGAAAGAGCGAUCUAGGAUGGCUGAAAAAGAGAGGGAGAGUCAUCUCCCUCCAUUCAAACGUGGUCGUGAGAUUGGUCUCACAUCCACUGCUCCCCCCCUCUCCACAGGACCGGUCAGAAAGGCAUCAACAGAGGCUGCAGAGCAAGAAGAUGUCCAUGCUCCUGUGUCCAGGAGUGAAGCAGCAGACUCUGGUGCACCUAUGUCAGCAACUCCCUUGUCGCCUCAGUCCUCAUUCAAGAAGUUUCGGUUCUUUAGAGACUCCCCAGUUCAGCCCCAACCUUCCUCCACAUCCAUUUUCAUCAAGCGGCCGCGUAACUUCUCUGACACCCCCCAGCUUUGGGCCUCACCUGUCUCUGCUAAUGUCGCAGAGAAACAGCAAGAAGGACACAAGCCCUCCGCUGAGCAUGAGGAUCGACAGAUGCAGACAAAAUCAGAGGGAUCUGUGGACACCCAGCCUGACAAGGAGACCACAGUUAGUACCAAACUUGUCCAGGGUCCUAAAAAAGAAGAGGCAACCAGCCCCAUAUUGGAGGAUAAAGACAAAGCAGAUUCGGGGAACAAGAAACAAGUUGAAACAGUAUCCACCCAAAAAGAAAAAGGAGUAGAUGAAAGGGGUCCUGCAAGCCCAGCGGAAGACUCACAUCGCAGAGGUAGAGAUGCAAAGAAGGCAGACAAAAAAGCAAGACGACGUUCAUCGUCAAAUGAUUCCUCUUCCUCAGAAUCGGACUCUGGCUCCUCAUCAUCUCGAUCGUCUAGCUCAUCCACAUCUUCUCGAGAGAAAACUCCCACCUUAAGAGAUAGAAAGGAAGGGAAACCAGAAAGAAAAUCCUCACCACAGCACAGGGUGACUGUAGAGGCUCAGAAUAAGGAUUUAAAGAAGGCUCCAAAAGCGUCCCCACAGAAAUCUGUCGAGAAGAGUGACACAACUGCUGAUGGAGACAGACAAGCCAAGAAGCCAUUCAUUGAAGCACUAACAAGCGAUGACACCCAGAGGCAGAGGAAGGACAGCAAAGGAGAGGAGGAAAAUGACGAACACAGGCAGGAGCAGGAGACUGCCAUGGCAGAGCCAGAGAAGCUUCCAGAGACCAGCGAGGAGACGCCAAAGGCCUUCUCAGCUCGUAAGAUCUCUCUUAGCAGCAGUAAAUUGUCCCCAGGUGCUGGAGGGGCAGAAGGAGAUCAGGAGUCGGGGGCGGCAGCCGGUCAAAGGAGGUGGGGCUCCAGCACAGCAGUCACCGCCAAGAAACCUUCAAUCAGCAUCACUACAGAUUCACUCAAGUCUCUGAUCCCAGAUAUCCGGCCGUGUCUCGGCCAGGAGGCAGUAGUGGAACUGCACCCAGAGGAGGCUGUCCUAUCUGGGGCUGAGGAUGAAGAGAGGGAGCGCUCUGACCAAGACCUUCAGAUCCGACGCACUGUAACACAGGUGGUCCACUCGGAGAGCCAGGAGAAUGGACAGAAAGAGACGAAGAGGAGCAGAUGUGAGGAGUUGGAGGAGGAUGACAUGCAGGGCGAUAGAGAUAUGAGGGAGCAAGAGGAGAAGAUGGAUACCUCCUUUUCUGGAGCCUUGGAACCCUCUUCUCCAUCACGUACCAGCCAUGAUGUAGAAAUCAACACUGUGAGCCCCAGCGACACCCUAAUUCGUCGCUCCAUCAGCCAGCAGAAAACUGGAGUUUCCAUCACAAUUGAUGACCCUGUCCGCACGGCACGCCAGCCCUCGCCAGCCCGAGGCAAAGUCUCCAGCAUUGUCCAUAUUAGCAACCUGGUGAGGCCAUUCACUCUGGGGCAGCUCAAAGAACUGCUGAGCAGAACUGGCUCCCUGGUUGAGGAGGGCUUCUGGAUUGACAAAAUCAAGUCUCACUGCUACGUCACUUACUGCAGCUCCGAGGAGGCAGUUGCUACACGGGCAGCUCUUCAUGGAGUGAAAUGGCCUCAAAGCAAUCCCAAAGUACUAAGUGUAGACUUCUGCCAGCAGGAUGAGCUGGACUUCCACAAAGGCAUGGCCAACAAACCAGGAGCAGAGGAUCAAGGGCCUGCUUCUGGCCGUGGUCGAACCUCAGGCCUGCCUUCUCUCCUCCCUGACCGAGACCAGUGGGCCGAGCGCGAGCGUGAGAUGGAGCGCCGGGAGAAGGCUCGAGCAGAGCGGGAGUGGGACCGGGACAAGGUCAAAGAGUUUGGAAAACCUGGAGAAGAGAAAGAAGGAGGUGCCAGGAGGUCACGCUCCAGAGAGAGACGACGCAAGGAGAGGGGAAAGAGCAAGGAGAAGAAGGCCGACAAGAAAGAGAAAACUGCCGAGGAUCCUCCUGCAAAGCUGCUUGAUGAUCUAUUCCGCAAAACUAAAGCCGCUCCUUGCAUAUACUGGCUUCCACUUACAGACGAACAGUUUGUUCAGCGGGAAGCUGCUAGAGCAGAACGGAUUAAGGAGCGCCAGAAACGAUGGAAGGAGCAAGAAGAGGAGGAGGGGAAAAAGAAGGAGGAGGAGCAACGCAAGGAGAGGAUGAAGCCUGCAGCUGGUACAGCGGGAGAGCGCAGUGAGGGUGAGAAAGACAAGGACAAAGACAGAGAGAGGGACAGAGACAGAGGUAGAGACAGAGACAGGGAGAGGGAGAGGGAAAACGACAAACGCAGGGAUGGCUAUCGUAGGCCGGGGGGCAGCGGGACCGGUGGGGGCCGACGCUCACGCAGCCGCAGUGAACCGCGAGAAAGGCGGCGUUAACGGCCAAUCAGCAGAUGGAACUGUCUUAGAGACCAACCUCUUGCAUUUGCCUUUCACUACAUGUACUUUGUUACAACUAAGACCCAACAGAGGACCAACUGAUGUCAUCGCCAUCUCUCAAAUUGUCACCUUUUUUAAAGCACAUCUCCACCUACACAGGCUUGCUUAAAGGGGACCAUGAUUCUUUGCAGUGUUGUUUCCCAGAGUGCUGUAUGUUUUGCUUCUGUCGAGGUUUGCUAUUUUUUUUUUAUGUUUGCCUCUUCUUUUUUUCUUGGUUUUUGUUUUGAUGGCAUACCAGUAUGGCACACUGGGUAAUUUUUUAAUAAUUUCCCCCAAUGCUCCCCAUUUUCCCCAAAGUGUAGGUGCCAACUAUAAUUUGCAUCGAUUUUUGUGGCCUCGGCAUAUAACAGCUCUCUGUUUGGAUGAGGAAUCCUUUUGUCGCUGCUUUGUAGUCCAAGGCUCUUCUUGCCAGUUCUGCCUAAAGAGAAAACUCUGUCCUCUGCGCAGAGGAGGGCAUCUAAAAAUAUUGGAAAGGCUUGUUUGGCCUUUUGUACAGACAUAAAAGAUUACUCGAGUCUUUAAAUGAGGCAGCUCUGGCGUAUUUUUGGACAGGUAUGGAAUUACUACCAAGGCAAUGCAGUGUUCCUCUCUCUCUCUCAUUUUAAUCAAGAUAUGAGACGAUUCUCUGAGAAGGGAGAAUCUUUCUGUCACAAAAUAUUGCAAGUUAGAAUUAUGUCCUUAUCAUUGAUUCUCUUCUUCCUCGCUCCUCUUCUUUCCGUUCUCUUACCCUGUAGUGUCAAUACAGGCACAUGAGAGGAGGUUGCUUAAAGAGUUUCUCAACAAUGGUUUUAAUAUUGUUUUUUAAUCAUUAUUUUAUCAUUUUAGUACCAAGGUUUGUUUCUGUUUUGUUUUUAAUUUUUUCUUUGAGUACGCCUAUCAGUGGUGAAUGUACAAAUAAAAAUGGAAAUUUGAAA